AUGUCACAGGCAUCGAAAUUGACCAAACUCCAGGCAGAGACCAAAUGUAACAUCUGUCUGGAUGACCUGAAAUACCCAGUCACCACAGAAUGCGGACACAACUUCUGUCACACCUGCCUCACAUCCUUCUAUGAGCAAUGGGAAGAAUUGUUCCCCUGCCCGGUCUGUCGACACCCAUGCAACGUGUGGAAUACCUCAAACAAUGUCCAGCUUGGGACGAUGGUUGAAAUGGCCCAGGGCCUGUAUAGCUUGACAAGCAGGAACAACAGUCAGGAGACCAGGACUCACUGUGAGUACCACAACCGGGUCCUGACCUUCUUCUGUGAGGAUGACCUGCAGCUGCUGUGUGACCGGUGCAUCAGGACUGGGAACCGCAACAACCAUCAGGUGACCCCCAUUGCACAGGCUGCCUCUCAUCACAGGAGAAAGCUUCACAGAUUGAUCAAAUCCCUCCAGAAGAAACUAAAAGAGGCUCAAGAGUUAAAAACUCUUCAAAUAAAAAACUCCUGGAAGUUAAGGCAUCAGGCAGAAGCCCAGAGGAAAGAACUGACAUCUGAAUUUCAGCAACUCAGCCAGUUUUUAAAUAGGGAACAGAAGGCAGCUUUCUCCAGGCUAAAGGACGAGGAGCGGGAUCUCAAGCAGAAACUGAGCGAAAACAUAGCAGCAUUUGAGAAUCAUGUUUCCACAGUCAGAGGGCUCUUUAGCCACGUGGUGGCAGGCAGAGCACACUCGGAUGUAGAAAUACUGUCGAGAGUCAAGGAUUUUUACCAGAAAUCUGAGAGUCUUUAUACCCCAGACAUUAUCCCAGCUCAGAUAGGAAGAGAAGCCUGCAACUUUCCUCCUCAGUAUUCAGCUCUACAGAAACUUAUACAGCAAUUUACAGUUCAGGUAACUCUAGACCCAGAAACAGCCCAUCCAAACCUGCUUGUGUCUGAGGAUAGAAAACGUGUCACAUUGUUAAAGAAAAAACAAGAUCAUCCGAGGUCUUCAGAAAGUUUUACUGAUAGCCCUGUUGUGCUGGGGAAUCCGAAUUUUAAUUCAGGGAGACAUUACUGGGAGGUGAAGGUGGGAAAGAAGCCUGAAUGGGCUAUUGGUAUCUGCAAAGCCAAUCUGUCCCCUGGGGCAAGGCGGUCCUCCUCUGCCCCUGAGAAAUGCUGGAGGAUCCUCUGGCAGGGUGACUGCUUUGUGGUCUCAGGACCUGCUGAUCCAAACUCGAAGCUGAAGGUCACAACACCCAGAACCAUUGGCAUUUUCCUGGACUAUGAGCUGGGAGAGGUCUCCUUCUAUAGCAUGCCUGAGAAAUCUCACAUCCAUACUUUCAGGGACACUUUCACUGAGCCUGUUUGCCCUUAUUUCUACCUGAGACUUCAUUCAGAACCUCUUAGGCUGUGUUCUGCCUCAGAUGGUGGGCGAAAACCCACAGGUGGUCUUAACUCUGACAUUUAG